AUGGUGGACACCAUCGCCGUACUGAACCCAAUUCAUUUGGAAAUGUCACUGGAUCCACAGGAUAAUUUGAGAACCUCCGCCCGAAGUACCACAUCAUCAUCUGCUUCGACGUCAUCUGAUUCAGAAUUGAUGAGUCCUCGAGCCGAAGAAUUGCUCAGAAUGCAAGCAGAGCUGCGUGCGACAAGAACGGCGUUGGCUGAGAAGGAUAAGAAAAUGACACAGAUUCAGACGACGGUGGAUGAAGAGGUUCAGGAGUUGACGGAAAAGUUAUUUCAGGAAGCCUAUAAAAUGGUGAACACCGCCGAGGAACGUCGUGAAAAAGCCGAAAAACUGCUGAACGAAUCCCGUCUGGAAGUAGAAGUACUCCAAGCAGAAGUCCGUGCUUUGAAAGAAUUGAUAUCUGCUCCAGGAAUGGGACAGAAUCACUUCAAACAGACAACCUCACCCGAGCAUAAAUCAACGUUGUCCAAACUGUUUAAUGGAUCUUCCUCAUCGAAAAAACAGCAACAAAAAGAGAUUUCUGAGAAGAAGAAGACGUCGUCACUGCCUUCAACAUCAUCGUAUUCCACGAGUAAUUCGAAGAAUUCAACAGAAGAAAAAGAGCAAAAAGAGGCAGAUGCAGUUGAGGAGAUCGAUCCGAUUCUUUUCGCUGAAUUCGAUUCUUGGAGGAACUGCGGACAUCCGGACGAAUCUCAUCCAUUCAUUGAUCGAGUGCUAAUUGAAGAAGUCGAACCGUGUAUGUUAUUCGAGAAUUCGGAAUUAUCUUCUGAAUUGAUGACGGCGAUUCGAGAGAAUCGAGUACAACUGGAACCGUUGAAUGAGUCGAAACCUUCAUUGAGAAUAUGUUCACUGACGAAUGCAUCGAGAUUCUGUCCGUAUCGAGUACGAAUUGGAGACGACGGGUCACAGUGGCAUAUCGUUUCGCUGAUUGCAAGGAAUCGGAUCGCCGCCGUGUGUGACUUCUUCACUUGUAUCCGAUAUCUCUCGCAAGGACUCAUCAAACCCGGUCCACGAGAUUCCUACUUUCACGUGGUAAAUCUUCGAAAAAACAUGUCACUUGCCAAAUUGGGAUUGGGCUUCGUUCCUCGGUCCAACAUUCGCCAUCAAUGA